AUGAGGGGGAGUCAACAAAAAGAGUGGGGCCAACCACGCCGCUCGACAUCUCCAACACCCCUUGUAUCAACCGAGAUCACUCUUCUCUCCACCUACAAAAUGUCGGGCCCAGCCACCCGCCUUAUACCGGCGUCUUCGCGCACUCUUCUCCUCACCUUCGACGCGUUCGGCACCCUCUUCCACCCGCGUCUCCCCGUUCCCGAGCAAUAUGCCGCAACCGCGCACCAAUUCGGAUUAUCGCGCACUGCCAUCACCCCGGACAAACUCAAAACCGCAUUCCGGGACACCUUUCGUGCGCAGAUGCAUCAAUACCCAAAUUACGGUCGCGCGGAUGUUCUCCGAGGCCAAUACGCGGGGCCGAGGCAGUGGUGGGAAGAGGUGAUCAAGGGGAGUUUUAGGCGUGUUUUGUCUGCAGAGAAUGGGGAGACGCAUCCUGAAACCCCCAAAGAACAUGUUCCUGAUGGCAUGGUGGAAGCCUUACUAGAUCGAUUUGCUGGUGCCGAGGGGUAUGCGCUUUAUGACGAUGUGCUGCCCUUCUUCCACCGAAUGCACAAACUGAAGUCCGCGCAUAAGUGGUCGUUUGAUAGGAUAAUUGUGGGGGUGGUAUCCAAUUCAGACGACCGCGUCCCCGUUGUGCUGAAGUCGUUGGGGUUGACAGUUGGUGAUAUGCGCGCCGACCAGGAUCAAUCGAGUAUGGAUCUUCCCGGGUUUGAGGUACGAAGUAUCAAAAAAGAUGUUACAGGGGAGCACGACAAAGCUCAUGCAGACUGCAACUUGGACCUCGACAUUGAUAUGGUUAUUACGAGCUAUGAGGCCGGCCAAGAGAAACCUCAUCGCUUGAUCUUUGACGUGGCGAGACGGCAGGCUCUGAAGGUUGCCCGUCCAUGGUUGACUAGCAGAACCAAAUUUAAAUCCGUGCAUGUGGGAGAUGAUUUUAAAAAGGAUUAUCAGGGUGCAAGGGAUGCAGGCUGGGAGAGCUACUUGCUUCCUCGAGAUUCUCAUGGUGCCGAUAAAUUUGAAGCGAAACAAUUCCCAAAUCUUCUGAAGUUGGCUGAUAAAUUGGAGCUUUUCCCAUAA